AUGUUGCGUAAGGAAAUGUCAGCACUUAUACUAGUAUUGGUUGUGGAUAUGGCAAAGAAAUAUAUAUUUACAGAAUGUUCUGUUGGCUGCCAAUCAUGCUCUGGUUCAACUUGCACACGCUGUGAAUCAUCUUACUUUUUAUCAAAUGGAUUUUGUUCACCAUGUCCCGAAAAUUGUGAAACAUGUAACAGCUACGAUGACUGCACUUCUUGUAAGCCAAAGAAGUAUAGUUUGCAUGUAAGAUGUACUUUCAACUGUGAUGGUAAUUGUCUAAAUAGUGAAUGCAAUGAUGAUAAUGGAUAUUGUACUCAAUGUAAAUCUGGUUUCUAUGGACUUCAAUGUCAACACAAUUGUAGUUCAUGUGAAAACGAACGUUGUGAUUUACGUACUUGCUCGAGUGGUUGUAGAGCUGGAUAUUAUGAGUUUAAAGGAGGUGUUGAAACAAUAUGUCUAAAUUGUCCGCCAAAUUGUAAACAUUGUACUGAUGGGAAAACAUGUUAUAUUUGCAAUGACGGGUUUCAACUCUAUAAGUUUAAUGACAAUGUUCUCUGUGUGUCAUGCUUGCAAGAAACGCUAUGUCCUGACUGUGUUAUUAAUGGUUGUAACCAGUGUCAAAUACACAAUGGUUCAUUAGUUUGCGCUGAUUGUCCUAAAGGACAAGUAUUCAAUGGUAAAACAUGCGGAUCACACACAUCAUUAUGCUAUAAAGAAUGCUCUACGAGUUGUGAUAGUUCUGGAAUAUGUCAAGGAGAAUGUAAUGAGGGCUGGACUGGAGAAAAAUGUUCCAAACAAUGUAACAGCAAAUGUUUUAAGUGCUCCAAAGAUAACGGAAAUAGUUGUCUUCUGUGUAAAGGUAAUGUUUACUCAACCGAUUGCAGUUUAGCCUGUAACCCGGCAUGUAUAGUACAAAGUGGUAAACAUACAUGUGAACAUGCAAGCGGAUAUUGUUUAAACGGAUGUAACCAAUCAUUUUGGGGCGAUACCUGUGAUAAACCUUGUCCUGGUGGAUGUAAAGAUCUUAAAUGUGACAGAAACAACGGUACAUGUACGGAUGGAUGUAAGGAUAAACUGACUGGAGAUAAUUGUACUCAAACUACCACUACCGAAAUAACAACUAGUCAAACAAGAGCAAGUUCACACGAAACUUUAACUGAGGGUACACAGAUGGUAGUACAAGAAAAGAAAGACAGCAACGAACUAAUCAUAGGUGCAUCAGCAGGAGGAGGCGUUCUAAUCUUGAUACUGAUCAUAGUGGGAAUUUGUUUGCUAAAACGAAGAAAAAAAUCCCCGACAGAAGAAUCCAGUCAACAUGAGGCAGUUAUUACAGAAGAUCAAAAUGUUUAUGCAAAACCAAUGAAAAAAACGGAAGCAGUUGAAGAAAUUCAGGACUACAUAUAUGCACAACCUAACAAAACACACAAGCUGAAGAAUCCUAGUACGAGAGAAAUUAGCAAACCAAAACCAAUGUAUGAUAAUUUUGCCAUAGACUUAGAUGAUAGAAAAACUGUCUCAGAUGGUACGUAUUCCACUAUCACUAUUGAUGGAGAUCUUGAAAACAAAACAGAAGAAGAAACGGAUGUUGAUGAAAUAGAAUUAGAAGAAUUAGACGAAGGCAGUUCUAAACUUAUCGAAAAAGAAGUAAAUCCACCGAGUGCUGAUUUGUAUUACAAUACAGCGAGUCUACUUAGAACCCGGAUUCAAAUAUCUGAUCUACUUGAAUACACUAGGAAGAAGACUGAUUAUGAAGAUGAGUUUGAGAAAUUACCCAAAGGAUUGACAAGGCCUUGUGACGAAGCUCUAACGAGGUAUAAUCGCAAGAAAAAUAGAUACAACGGAGUAUAUGCAUAUGAUGCUACUCGUGUUGUCUUAAAAAGUAAAACCUAUAUCAACGCAAACUACAUUGAUGGGCACAAGAAGUCACCAGAGUACAUAGCCUCUCUCGGACCAACUAAGGAUGCAAUGAAUGCUUACAAAGACUUUUGGGAGAUGAUAUGGGAAGAAAAAACAGAUAAAAUUAUUAUGUUGACCAAUCUAGAUGAGUCUGGGAAAAUGAAAUGUGAACAGUAUUGGCCAGAUCAAGGGAAAACAAAGAAUUACCAUGGAUACAAAGUGAUGUGCAUUGCUGAGAUAAUAUUUUCAGAAUUCACUUUAAGGGAGUUUUCUGUUGUUGUACAGGGUUCUGAAUCAAGGAAAGUAACACAAUAUCACUAUACUGCCUGGCCUGACCGAUCAGUUCCAGAUAAUGUUGCCUCUCUGAUAGAGUUUAGAAACAAAGUUGAACAAUCAAAGUCAAACGAUGCUUGCCCAAUGGUAGUGCAUUGCAGUGCAGGAAUCGGUAGAACUGGAACCUACAUCGCAUUAGAUACACUUAUACAGGAAGGCAUGAAUGAUAAUUAUGUCGACAUUUUUGGUCGUGUGAUGGCGCUACGAGGACAAAGAGGUCACAUGGUGCAAAACUUGGAACAGUACAUAUUUCUUCAUCGGUGUCUUCUGUAUGCCCUCACGUGCGAUCCAGAUCCACUUCCGAUAACACAUAUUCCUCGCAUCAUGACAGACGAUAAAACAUCACAUCAAUUUCAGACAUUUACUGAUGUUGUUAUGCCGAAAGACUUAAAUGGGAAAGCAUCUGCUAACAAGAAAUUAAGGAAGGACAAUAGACACGGAGCUGACAUUCCUUGCGAUGAUUACAGAGUGAGACUGUCAUCAACAAAGCAUGAAUACAUAAAUGCAGUUUAUGUAAAUGGAUACGAAAAUCCAUACAAAUUUAUUGUUACACAGACUCCAAUGCCGAAUACAGUUGAAGACUUUAUAUCGAUGCUUUAUCAGGACAAAUGUGCUUGUGUUAUUAGUUUGGACGACGAAAACCUGAAAGAUAAAUCUGUCGGACAUUAUCUACCGCAAGAUGGAAAGGCGUUCAAAGUUGGUCAUUUCCAAGUAACUUGUAAGACGGUUGACACAACGGAUUAUGGUACAAUACGGGACAUGACAAUAUCGCGCACUGGAUUGGUAUAUGUUCCUUUUUUUUAGCUAAGAAUAAUUAUGCCAAGAUCUUUUUGGUGACCAGUUUUAUACAUAUAAUUCAAUUCCUUUGCCUUUUUCAGAUUUUAAUACUUCUGUGUUUUAAAUACAUCACAUGUUCUUUGUUUAAAGGUAUACAUUAUCCUGCAAGGAAAAACGAACAUUUAGAUUCAGCAAAUAUGUGCAGGGGUUUUUCCUAGUAACUUUUCAGGAAUCCUUUUUGUAUCUAUCAUUCAUUUUCAAUCCAGAACUUAAUUAUUAAUAAAAAAACCGAGCUUCG